AUGGCUGCACCACCAGAAAUCACUUGCACUAACCUGUCCGGCAAGUUUAUUAUGAGCAAGUCGCUAUCAGACGACGUCGACGCCAUGCUUACCCUCCAGGGUCUGAGUUGGUUCACCCGCAAGGCCAUCAGCCUGGCUACGGUUGUCCUCACGGUCAAAGAAUACAAGGAAGACUCUUUCUACCACAUUGACAUUACGUCGGUGGCCUCGGGCCUUUCAACUACCCAAGAAAAUCGUACGCUUGAUUGGCAACUUAGGGAUCAUGCCGACAGAAUCUUUGGGAAAGUUCAAGGGAGGUCACGAUUGUGGCAAACGGGCAGCCUUGUCAUCGAAGGCCCUGCCUCGGAAGAGGAUGCUGCGUUCCUGCGAGCCGAGAAGCUCAAGGAUGGCCAGACAGACUCCAAAUUCCUCGACGACGAACACGUGCAGAGCUGGGUCAAGAAUGUCGACGGCGGAGACUGGAUUGCCGAGCAGACCUGGGGCUUCGAGGAGAUCAAGGGCGAGCGGAGAUACACACGGCGAGUGGUGGUGUGGAAGGGCGGGAAGGUGCAGAGAGCCCGACUGGUGUAUGAUUACCAAGGCAAGGCAGAGGCGGCGGAUGAUGAUGAUGAUGUUGACGAGGCGCUGGCCUACGAGUAG